AGCAGCGCACCAACCGGAAGUGGCCGUGUUGUGGCGGAAGGAGGCGAUUUCUGGGAGUAGCCGGUGCUGAGAGAACCGUGGCCGGCAAAGAUGAUUCAGGCGAUUCUGGUUUUCAACAACCAUGGAAAGCCGCGGCUAGUCCGCUUCUACCAGCGUUUCCCAGAAGAAAUUCAACAGCAGAUUGUUCGAGAGACUUUCCAUUUAGUCCUCAAGCGGGAUGACAACAUCUGUAACUUCUUGGAGGGUGGAAGUUUGAUUGGUGGCUCUGACUACAAACUGAUCUACCGACACUAUGCUACCCUCUACUUUGUAUUUUGUGUGGAUUCCUCAGAGAGUGAACUUGGAAUCUUGGACCUCAUCCAGGUUUUUGUGGAAACUCUGGAUAAGUGUUUCGAAAAUGUGUGUGAAUUGGAUUUGAUCUUCCAUAUGGAUAAGGUGCACUACAUCCUCCAGGAGGUGGUGAUGGGUGGGAUGGUGUUAGAAACAAACAUGAAUGAAAUCGUGGCUCAGAUUGAAGCUCAAAACAGGCUGGAGAAAUCUGAGGGUGGCCUUUCAGCAGCCCCUGCGCGGGCUGUGUCUGCUGUGAAAAACAUCAACCUGCCAGAGAUUCCUCGGAACAUCAACAUUGGCGAUCUCAACAUCAAAGUUCCCAACCUGUCCCAGUUUGUCUGAGGGUCAAGGAUUGGGCUGAAAUAGAGUCCUUAAGACAAGCAAAGACAAGCACGUCUGGAAACAGAACCCAUUUUGAGCCAUAGAAGAGUCAAGCCUCAGGACCUGGAACCUUUGUGUCUAGGGAAGACUGUUUGGCCUGGAAUGGGGAAGGGAUUCCUAUUGAUACUGCUCGGGUGUGCCCAGUUCUCACAUGUGCAGCCAUGCCGUUCUCUGAUGCACACGGCCGCUGCAGAUGUGAGGGGCCCUGCCUUCCUCAGCAGGGAGUCAGCAUGCCCAAGCCACUCGCACCUUUACCUUACACACGGACGCUCCCAAGGGUUAGGGACUGCAUUGAGCAGACCUACCUGCUUCCCAGAACCUCCUCACUAGGGCUGAGCACCUUCUCUGACUGGAGUCUUCAUCCUUAGCACCACAGACUUCCGAGGUCCCAUGGCCUUUACUUGCUGGUGAGGUGUCAUAGGUAGAAAUGGGCUGGCCCUUCAGAUUUGGGGGUGUGGUGAGUGGCAAGUAAGGGCAGAAUUUUAGAAGAACCAGGGUCACCUGCUGACUCUAUUGAGAUUGUUACACCCAGAAUCCUUUUGUAGUUUUUUUGUGGGUUUUUUUUUUUUUUUUUGAGACGGAGUCUUGCUCUGUUACCCAGGCUAGAGUGCAGUGGUGUAAUCUUGGCUCACUGCAACCUCUGCUUCCUGGGUUCAAGCAAUUCUCCUGUCUCAGCCUCCCCAGUAGCUGGGAUUACAGCACCCACCACCACGCCCAGCUAAUUUUUGUAUUUUUAGUAGAAACGGUUUCACCAUGUUAGCCAGGCUGGUCUCGAACUCCUGGACCUCAAGUGAUCCACCUGCCUCGGCCUCCCAAAGUGCUGGCAUUACAGGUGUGAGCCACCAUGCCCUGCCACCAGAAUUCCUUUUGUAUAGCCGAGCCUUUUGGUUACCACCUCAUGAAGAAUAUGCUUCCUCCAUUGUCCUAGUCCCAGUUGUAUUCUCUGUGCAGGACACGAUCCAAAUCAUAAACCUGGCACAUGCCCACCACAUUUCUGCUAAUAGGGAGAGGGACCCACCACACACCCACACAUGCCAGAGGUCCCUCCUCCCAGAGGAGAGGCCCUGUGUCUGUAGAAGAUUAAAGCUGACAACAUGUGGAACAUCCCAGAAUUAUGACUCUUCCAAGUUUAAAAUACAUUCUCCUCAUGGGAGCAGAAGGUUCGUUGCUGUGUUGUGAAUGAUGAGCUGCCUCCACAGGGAACCCACUGCCACCUGGGCCAGCUUCUGGAGCAUGAGAACCUGAGCCAGGGUCACCCUUUUGGGGCCUGGACAUGACGCAUGCUGGCUAUGACUAGGAGCAGGGCUGCCUCUUCUCCCUCCCGGAGCUCUGCUUGUGGGCACGCCCUGUUCCCUCAGGUGCAAUUCUCCCAGAGCUUAGGUGCCCAUAAAUGUUCUUACUGUGGUGGAGUAGGGCCUCCUGCUCCCACGCUGUCGCAUGGGCUAGAUCUCAGGUGUGCUGUUGAGCCACCUUGAGAUGAGGACUGCUUCGCAGUAAAGUUUCCAGCCUGGGCCCCUCUCGGGCCUUCUGGUUGGGGACUCUCAGCCUCCUGAUGCUGUUGCAGGGCAGGUCUGAGAGGCUGCCCAGCAGCACCCCGUGUCAGGGCCACCUCGUUUUCCAUUUUUGAACAGCGCUCCCUGUGGUUUGUGCCCACUGCUCCAUACAGCCUCUGAUCCUCACUCUUGAAAGCUCCAUGAUAAGCUCAGAGAUGGGCAAUGUGGAUCAGAAGGUGGGCCUCUUACUGUGGAAGAGGGAAGUGUAGGUGAAUAGAUGUCAAAACCCCUGAUAGCAUUCUUUUGAAGGGUUGGAUUUUCUUUUUCUGGCAGACAUUUCAGUACAUUCACAUUUCUCUCAUUUGCUGAAUGUGAAAUCAGAAUAAAGGAGAUCAGUGUUUAUUUUGUACCUUCUGUAA